AAUAGUCCGUAUGCAAGGGAUAGCCUACUGAGCCUUCUCCCCGUCCAAAUGUCCCUGUCUAAUGUUUAUCUUGUUCUUGUAAAAGUUAGAGCUUCGAAAAAAAGCCCACGUCGAAGAGGAUACAUGUAACUCUCGUGAAAAAUAUAAGUUUGAGGCCAGGGGUCGGGGCUAGAGGCUGGGCUCCCUCCCUCCCCCAUGAUGAUUUCCUGUGGCUGUCGCUUUGUUUUGCAGCACUCGCAGAGUUACCAGCUGACUGCGCUAUAGUAUCGCCGGCAAGCUAGCUAUUGAGUUUAUAGCGUUGCCCGAGCUAAUCUAGCGGCGUGGGUACCACGUGAAAAUCGAUCAAAGACAUGACAACUCACUGCGCUGCUGACGUGACCCGCGAAAUCGCACCGCAUACGUUAUACCCGUACGUACACCGCAUCGCCAGGUUAUCCAUUUCUUGGUACUUCCUCUGCACGUUCUCCUUUUCUGCCCCCUCCAGAAAAACGUAAAAAUGGCCGGGUCCCUUGCAAAAUUAGGCCGUGCUUUUGUUGCAGCAGCCAGGACUGAAUCUCCUCGAUGUGUCCAGCCUGUUUCUGUCGCAGUAAGUUCCACUCAGCAAAGAAAUUAUUCUGAUAGGAAGCGGAUUGAGGUAGCCAAGCCUGUGGUCGAGCUCGAUGGCGAUGAGAUGACAAGAGUUAUCUGGGAUAAGAUCAAGGAAACGUUGAUCUUUCCCUACCUGAAUGUUGAAUGCUUAUACUAUGACUUGGGUCUUCCUUACCGUGACCAAACCAAUGACCAAGUCACCGUCGAUGCUGCUAUGGCCAUCAAGGAACACAAUGUCGGAAUAAAGUGUGCUACCAUCACUCCAGAUGAAGAACGUGUAGUGGAAUUCAACCUGAAGGAGAUGUGGAGGUCUCCUAAUGGAACGUUGAGGAACAUCCUUGGAGGAACAGUAUUCCGUGAGCCCAUCCUCUGUGAUACCAUCCCCCGUCUGGUUCCUGGUUGGACCAAGGCCAUCACCAUCGGCCGUCAUGCUUUUGGCGACCAGUACCGUGCAACGGACAUGGUGAUCAAGGAACCUGGUAAAUUUGAGCUUGUCUUCACCCCAGCCAGUGGAGGAGAGCCCACAAGGACAGAGGUCUUCAACUUCCCAGGAGGUGGAUGUGGUAUGGCCAUGUACAACACAGAUGAGUCCAUCACAGGGUUUGCACACAGUUGUUUCCAGUAUGCUCUUGCCAAGAAGUGGCCUCUUUACAUGAGCACAAAGAAUACCAUCCUCAAGAAAUAUGAUGGAAGAUUCAAAGAUAUCUUUGAAGAGAUCUAUCAAGCGAACUACAAGAAGGACUACGAUGCAGCAGGUAUCUGGUAUGAACAUCGUCUCAUUGAUGACAUGGUAGCUCAAGCUCUCAAGUCAAGCGGAGAGUUUGUAUGGGCUUGCAAGAACUAUGAUGGUGACGUCCAAUCAGAUGUUGUAGCUCAAGGUUAUGGAUCUCUUGGAUUGAUGACCAGUGUGCUUGUAUGUCCAGAUGGUAAGACCAUUGAAGCAGAAGCAGCCCAUGGAACAGUCACGCGGCACUUCAGAGAACAUCAAAAGGGCAACCCAACCAGCACCAACCCCAUUGCCAGUAUAUUUGCAUGGACCCGUGGUCUGGAGCACAGGGCCAAGCUUGACGGCAACGAUGACCUGAGGCGCUUCUGUACCACCCUGGAGAAGGUCUGCGUGGACACUGUAGACUCUGGCAAGAUGACCAAGGACUUGGCUGGUUGUAUCUAUGGGCUGAAGAACGUAAAACCAGAGCAUUACCUAAACACCAUGGAUUUCCUCAAUGCCAUCUCUGAGAACCUGGACAAAGCUCUGAAGUAAAGAUGUAAUCUAACCCAAACCAAAGAUACAUUCAUCAACCCGUCCCUAGACGAAGGCAGCAUGUGUCUUCGUUGCCUUGGAUUAAAUAUUGAAUACUACACAGAUAUCACCUCACAAACUCUCACACCCUCUUGAAUUUUACUUGACAGUCAACUGAAAUGAAAGUCUGAUUGUCAAGGACGAGAUGUAUUUGUUGUGCUUGGAAUACAUUUGCAAGGAUGUUUGAUGUAUGCUGGAGUGGGAGGUUUGGACAUAGAUAUUAAUCAUUCCUAGUGUAAGGGAUGAACUUGUGGUAAGGGAGGGCCAAGGACAUCUAGAAUUUGUAUUCCCCUUUUUACUAUACUGAAAUCAUUCAAAUUUUAGUUCAAGAUUUUCCAGUUAAAUUUGUGUUUUUAUUUUCCAAGGACCUAUCAGUUGCAAUUAUAAAUAAUGAAAAUUUAUUUUCAGCUUCAAUAAAACAUUUAGAAAAAACAGUGAUAUUUGAAUCAUGUUAACAGUAACCCAACUGCGUAACACAUUGCAUAAUACUCUUUGAACUUUACAACUUUGAAUGCCCUGGAAGAAAUAUGAACAUAUCCAUUCUAUAUUUAAAAGAAUGUGAAAUAUUUAUUUGAUCGUCCCCCCCCUUUUUUUUUUUGAAGUGAUUUGUUUUUUGUACUUGCAGUGCUAUCUGUUUAUAGUGGAAUUAAUGAUGCCAAAUUAAUGACAGGUAUGAGAGAUGUUUCUUUUUUGUUUGUGUAAAUUAUUUAUUAAAUAUAUGGUGUUACUUAUAUAUCAGAAAUUUUGUCCCAGAUAAAUACAAAAGGUCACAAUAAGUAGCAAUACAUCAAAUACGUAUUCAGGGAUUCAAGGCUUACAAUAUAGAUGGUCAUAUUUUUGUCAGAUACAAUGUUUCUAUGUCAAGCUGUUUCAGUGUGUGUUUUGAGAUGAAAUAUGUCAAACUGCUUUAAAAUGCACUGACUGUUUUUCAUAUAUUUUAUGUGUGAUUAGGUCAGUUUUUAAAAUUUUGCAUACAAUUACCAGCAAAAAUUUGUUUUGUGUGCUCAAUGCAUCUGCAUAAUGAAUCAAGAUAAACAGCUACGCUGUAUAAAGUAUAAUUGCAGGAUCAUGUAAUGAAAUUGAAUGAAUAUUAGACAUCAGAUGUGAGCUUACCCCUUUAUAAGAAAUAAUGCUUUUGGAUCUUGUGUGGCAUCAGUUUUGUGUUAUUUUUUUCUCCCUCCCCAUUUCUGAUUCCCUCCAUGGGCUCGUGAAAUACAGCAAUAUUCCAAUGUUAUAAACCAAAAUGAAUUUGUGUUUUGUUUUGUGUUAGUUUAACCACCUUGAUCGCCACUGUGUUAGAUGGGUCACAUUGAAGAGAAAGUCACAAGAUUCAAGUGUUUCAGCAUCCCUUGAUUGAAGGGGCAUGAUCUUAGAGAUGUAUGUCCUAUGCCUGGAGUGUAGCACAUUAAAAUAAAUAAACCACCUGUCUCUAUCCA